AUGUGGACGGUCAUCUCUGCUUUAGGCUUGGCCACCUUCACCAAGAAUGUCAAGAACUCUUUGCAAACUAUGAUUGAAGUGAUUAUUAACAAGGCACCAUUGAUAAAGGAUCAAAGUCAUGUGGCCGUGGCCACAUUCUCUCCCAAGUUCGUGAUCUUUGAAGUCACUCCUGCAGACAACCAGGACAAGAAAAAGCUCAAGAUAUGUGUUUACAGCCAGGACUCAUUUUUGCGAAUAUAUGAUGAUGCUGCAGAUUUAGAGACUGAAGCACUCUUGAGCUUUAAGAAAUCUAUGGAUGAUCCUCUGUCGUCACUGAAUAGCUGGAACAGAGAAUCAGACGUUUGUCAAUGGAUUGGUAUCAAUUGUUCCUCAGCAGGCCAGAUAUCUGGUAUACAGCUCAAUUAUCUCUCACUUUCAGGCCCUCUUCCGUUUUAUACAAUCCAAGCCCUGCCUCAACUACGCACCUUGUCUGUUUCUGGGAAUAAUUUCACAGAGAUCAAAGUAUCCUCCUCGCAAGAAUGCUCUCUGGAGGUCCUUGACUUGUCAGGGAACCAUUUCACUGGGGAUUUUCUCGACACUCUUUCUCGUUUGGUUACAUGCAAAGGCAUCAGGAUUUUGAACCUCUCACACAACAAGAUACGAAAAAUUUCAGUGAAAUUAUCGAUUGGGAACCCCAUGGUUUCUGUCGACCUAUCCUACAACAGAAUAAGUGGUUCAAUACCUUCUUCUUUCUUUUUAUCAUGCAAGAGCUUGAAGUUUCUAGAUGUCUCGAGCAAUCAGCUGGUUGGAGGGAUCCCUGAAAAUAUGUCCAAAAACUGCAGAAGACUUCAGAAGCUUAACGCUUCGUCCAACUUCAUAACAACCUUUCGGCUUGAGCAGUGUACCAGUCUGCAGGAGUUGGAUGUUUCUUUUAACAAUAUUUCUGAAACUGUUUUUUGGAAGGAUUGUGAUGCUUUGAAGGUGCUCAACCUGUCAGACAAUCAAUUCUCUGGACCAUUUCUCUCGGUAUUUGGCAAUCGAAGUUUACCUCAGGUUUUCAAGUCCCUGGAGGUUCUUCAAGCCGACCACAAUAGUUUUACAGGUGAAAUACCUACAGUUCCUCCAACUCUUGAAGCUCUAGACUUGAGCUGCAACAAAUUCAGUAGUAGCAACACGAACAUCUGCCUUUCAAAUUCUAAACUUCAGUCUUUGGUGUUGGUAUACAACAGGUUGCGUGGUCCGGUUUUAAACUUGGCCAUGAACUGUAGCAAUUUAAAGAUGCUCGAUCUGAGUAUCAAUUUUGUGACAGGGUCGCUUCCAGGGAAUAUAUGCAGCAGACUUUCAAAGCUUCAACAUCUGAUCCUUUGGGGUAACAAUCUUGAAGGCAGGAUACCAGCGACAAUCGACGAGUGCAGUGAGCUGGUGACCUUGCAUCUCAGUCACAACAAUCUUACAGGUGUUAUACCGGAGGAGAUAUCUCGCCUGAAGAAUCUGUCCUUGCUGGUUCUUAACAACAAUAUGCUAUCUGGAGAAAUCCCGGCAUCUCUUGCAAAGAUGCAGAACAUUCAAGGUCUUCUACUAGGCCAUAACAAGCUUCAAGGUGGUCUACCAGGCGAGUUAAGGAACACCAACAGUUUAAUUCAACUUGCAGUGAACGACAACCAGUUGGCGGGACCAAUCCCAAGCUGGAUCGGCUGCUCCGUUAAAGAAGACCAGUAUGAUAUGAAGUACCCCUAUUUGAUGGUACUGUUGUUCAACGUACAGCCAUCCAUCUGCAAAGGUUACAAUGAGAUGUUUAUACUGCAAGGAAUCCGUUUCCAUGAGUUCCAGCAGCUUCCGAUUGCAACCAGAUGCCAGACUUGGUACUUCCUAUCACCUCCCGGUUUCAACAUUUCUUUAAUACCAAGUACUACUCAGGGACUCAGCCCUUGGUGUAUUGAUCUCUCGUUCAACAGCUUCACAGGAACAAUCCCAGCAGAGUUUGGUGCUAUGCAAAAUUUAUAUUCGCUGAAUCUUGCGCACAACUUACUCACAGGGGCUGUUCCCUCCACAGUUGGCAAUCUCAAGCAACUGGAGUGGCUAGAUCUCUCAUACAACCAGCUCGAAUCACACAUCCCGGGCUCGCUCACAAACCUCACCUUUCUGAAAUACUUCAACAUCUCACACAACAGGCUUCUUGGUGGGAUUCCACAGAGUGGGCAGCUUCCAACUUUCCCUGCGAGCAGCUACGAAGGAAAUCCAGGACUAUGUGGCAUCCCGCUUGCAGAAUGUCAUGGUAAUGAUUAUAAUUUAGACAAUCAUUCUGGUGACAAGGAUGAUGAUGAAGAUUUUUGCACCACUUAUGAGCAGCUAAUUGAUUUGCCCAUAAAGGUGUUGGCUCCUAAAAAGUUUAUUGCUGAUCACAACAACCUUUAA